AUGCAAUACAAGAAGCAUGAGACUGAAGAAGAUUUUGAAUCGCUUCGUUAUGGAAAAGUUGUGGUUAUGGCUGAUCAGGUCUCACCACUUCUUCCAUAUCACGAACUGUUCAAUGUCACACUACGAGUAUUGCUAAACAUUGUUAUGUGUAGCAAUAAAAGAUUAUUCUUAAGUGAUUCAUCAGAGUUGUUACCUACGCGUUAUCAGGCUUCAAAGUGGAUAUAUGGAGUCCAAAGAGUCGACAAUAAGAUACGAAGAAGAUUUGCGAAACGAUACGACUUAAUAGCAGGAAAAACAAUGAUUUCCUUUUUGACAAUACCGAAGAAACAAGGUGUAACAGCUCCCUCGCCUCCAUUGAACGUGCGUGACAUCGUAGCAGAACAAAAUUAG